AUCUAUGGUCGAUGGCCUUGACUGAACAUCUGAUUUUCUUGGAGCAGUGUACUUAAAAUCCCGACGAGUAAAAAUAAUCAAACGUUAAAAAGGAUCGUGGUAGCCGGGCACCGCAUUAAUGGAGUCACAGAGGAAUCUUGAUAGUUCAAUAGCGCGGCGUUUGCCGUUCUCAUAAAUCGUCGAUUGCCCAGGGGGGGCACGUGCUUUAUUGAUAGAAAUUCAGGCCCGAAAAAGUUUUGGGGCCCCGUUUUUAAAAAUCGUUAACCUUGACAAAAGAAUUUCGCGACAUCGCAAUUGUACAGUUGAUGAGAAGAAGUGUGAGAUAGUGUUAGUGGUGGUGGUGGUGUGGUGGUGACAAGUGUUGAGUAUUUUUUUUUCUCCCCUUUUUGUUUCCUUUUUUUCCCUCUGCUUUCUUACUUAAUAAUAAUCUCUCGCCGUCGGAAUAUUUUCGUCGUUGAGACGAAACGGAGAGCGCGAACUAUAUAUAAUAUUUAUAAUUGAAAAGAGUGGUCACGGUGGAUGAACCUAACCUAAAAUGCGAGCGGCGAUCGCCGAUAUCGUCGUAAUAUUUUGCCUUAAUCUAUUGUCCUGGCGAUGUGUCAAUGUUCUCGCCAGUGGCGGUGCUCUCGAUUCAACAUCCAGUUAUUAUGCUGGACCAACACACACACCAACAUCGAAGCUGUCCUCGUUUUCGACCAGCCUCACCGACGGACUCGCUCAGGCCGUUGCCUACGAAACUGGCACUGAGACUUGUAACGAUGACCUCGGGUGCCUUACGAUGGCCUCCAAUGAUCGACUAGGCUUGGAAGCUAUCAAAACUCUUCACAGUCAACUAGACGACGAUGCCAAUGGAAAUGUCGAUCUCUCAGAAUCUGAUGAUUUUUUGAGAGAAGAAUUACAAUAUGAAGCGGGUUACGAAAGAAGGCAAAGGGCCUUCCAUCACAAUGAUGAUAUGCAAAUCAGUGUUCGAGAAUUGUGGGAAGCUUGGCUCAAAUCCGAGGUUCAUAAUUGGACGAUUGAGCAAACUUCCGAAUGGCUAAAGACAAACGUCGAGCUUCCUCAGUAUAUUCCUAACUUUAUUCAGCACCGUGUAACGGGUGCGACUCUUCCCAGAUUGGCUGUGAAUAACAUGCACUAUCUUAGUAACGUAUUAGGGAUCAAGGAUCCAAUUCAUAAGCAAAAAAUUGCCCUUAAGGCGAUGGACGUCGUAUUAUUCGGCCCACCUAAAGAUACAGGUCACAAUGUCAAAGAUUUGGUGUUAAUUACACUGUUAUUUGGUGCUCUGAUUGGUUGUUGGUACGCGUACCAACAGAAAAAAAAUUCGCAAAAACAUCUUCACAGAAUGAUGAAGGAUAUGGAGAGUCUACACAAGGCGGAAAUUGCUCUCGAAGAUCUUCAGAAAGAACUCGAGAGAGCGCGAGUUGAGCAGGAAAGUGCAACAGCGGAGAAGCAAAAUUUAGAGAAGAGAUUAAAAGACGAAAGUAUGGGACUUCAUACAUCGUACUCGGAUCUCGAGGUCUCGCAACUUAAAGCAGAAAUUGAGAUGUUAAAAUUGGAAUUACAACGUGCUGAAGGUGAACUCGAGGAUCGUUGUUGGUCGCCGCCGGUCGGCCUGCAGCACUGGUUGCAGAUGACGCACGAAAUCGAAAACAAAUCCUACACCAAGAAAAAAAUCAGCGCCGAAAAACAACUCCAAAGCGCAAGAGAAGCUUGCGAGAAAUUGAGAAAAAAGAGAUCGAGUUUGGUGGGUGCGUUUGUUUCGACGCACGGGAAGUCAAUCGACGAGGUGGACAAAAGUAUCGUCGAAGCGAGAACGGCACUCAAUGAGGUCACCGUGGAAUUACAAGAACGCGUUCAUCGUUGGAAGCAAAUUGAACUCUUGUGCGGAUUCAAUAUAAUCAACAAUAGCGGCCUCAGUUAUCUCGAGAAUAUUUUGUACAGGGGAGCGCCUAAUGGAAGAGGACUCGGCCUCAGGGGUCGAUUGAGUAGCCAAGAUGACUUAGAUGACGAUACAAGUUCACUUUACUCUCCGUCUAUCUCCGGCGCAGGUUUAAUGGAGAAUAUAACAUGGAAGGAGUCGUCAAUCCCACCGGAUUCGUCGAGCAGCGAAACUGGUAAGGAGACACCACCAGAAGUGGUGCAAUUCACAGUUGGCGAGAGCAGUGAGGAGUCAAUAAGGGAACGCGGUGGUGGUGGUGGCGCCGCCACAGCCAAUGUAAAAGAGAAGAGCGUCGUCGGUAUGCAGCGUUCAUUUAGUCAAGACACAAAUAUGCUUAACAGUAGCGACAUUGACAAAUCUACCUCAUCAUUCCUUUCGAAAACAUCAUUUUCCGAGAAUGCCCUCGACAUUACGGAGAAGGUAAAUCGAAUUGUCCCAAGUAAUAAAAAGCCCCUCAGGGAAUUGCCCACAUUAAUGUCCGUCGAUGACGAGACAUUAUCGACAGAUUCAAAUUCCACGGCGGAUAAUGACGAGCAGAAGCGCAGGCGUAGAAAGCUCCAUUUUCCCGCCUUUAGGAAGAACAAGUCCAAACUUUCGUGAUGCCUACUAGUCACUUAAGUUUAAAAUAUAUCAAGUCUUCUUUGUUAACUUUUAAAACAAACAAAAAAUAAUAAUAAUAACAAACAAACGAAACAAAACUUUGCGAUAAGAAUAUAUACACGAGAUUUUAUAACUCUCAACAAUUUCUCUGGGAUUUUAGUGAAGAAAAGUGUAUCGAAAUGACGGUUAGUCUAAAGGUGCUCUCACAGUUCUAAUGCUUGUUGUCAUGGUAACGCACGAGAGUGAGAGAGACGGAAAGAUCGAAUCAAAUACCUUUUUUCUCUCUUACUCUCGUACGUUACCAUGACAACACAGUUGUGAGAGUACCUUAAUUAUUUUUUUUGUAUUUUAGAUCAAAAAAGUGAAUUUUGAAUUCGUUUUGAAGCAAGGGUACAAGGUUAACUUUGCAUUUGAAUAAAAAUUACAGAUCUUCAGCCAAUAAAAACUUUUUUGGUGCAACAUAACCUAAAAGUUGUGACUAUUCGACUUUCGGGGACAACAGGCCUAAAACCUAACCUAACCUAAAAUUUAACAAAAACUUUAAAAUUUAAUAUUAUUUUUAUUAAAGUUUAGAAUUUUUUGAAUUGAAAAUUAAAUAAUUACAAAAACGAAUUUAAUUUUUCUUACAAAAACGAAUUUAAAUUUGACUGUUUUUUUUCACUUAAAUCACGAAAUUAUGGCAUUUGACUAUAAAUUUUGUUCGGACUCUCCGCCAUUUUCUAUUUUUACUCUAGAGUUUAUACAAAAUAAUCAAAAUUUUAAUUUUUACCGCCUAUUUUAUUUUUGUUUAAUUUUUAACAUUUUUUCAAUUCUCAAUUGAAAAUUAAAUCCGAAAACUUAUUUACUAUUAGGUACAUAGUUUUUUUUUCUUUCUCAAGGCAUUUUUUUUUUGUUUCGAAAAGAGAUUGUUUUUUUAGAAAAGACGCUAUAUUUAUAUUUAAUAGUAAUAAUGAGUGUUAUUUAAAAUUGUGAUUUACGUCUAUAUUUAUUAUUUUUUAUUUAUAAUUAUAUUUUAUCGGAAAUCGAAGAUUUCUGUUACUUUUAAAUUGUCGCAUAUUUGUGGCAAG